UAGUUUUGAUAAAUAUUAAUUAUACACAAACGUAUCGCCAGUAUUGUGUUUAUUUUAGUGCGAAGCGCCCGUAGGUGUUCAGCUGUAUUUAAUCAGAAUCAAAUGAAACAUGUCUAACCACAUCUAUCUGCGCAUGCUCGGGUAUGCCAUCACCAUCCCACUGCAUGUCACCAACAUGGUAGUGAUGCUAUCCUCCUUCAAGGGGGAGGUGAUGAACGACCCCAUAGUCUACCACUUCAGCCAAAUGCAAGUGUUUUUCUUCACUUGCUGGACUUUCAUCUUUCAGACGGUAUUCGCGUCUUUUAGUUUGUACUACGACCUGCAGACUCUAAAAAAUGCCCACACAGACUACAAGCCGCCCAAGAUUGUUGAUUUCAUCCGCCAAGAAGCGUUUUCAAGUAUCGUCUGGCCGUCCACAUUCUUCGUGUUCUCAGUCUUCUGGUUAUUCUUCGCGUACGACCGGAGUCUGUUCUACCCUGCCAACAUAGAUAAGGCUAUUAGCGACACGUCCAACCACAUCAUGCAUACAUGGAUAUUCCCGAUAGCCCUCUGGGAGAUGAUGUUCUACCACAGGAGUAAGCCGAAGAACUCCUGGAUGCGGUUAGCAGUCACUUGGAUCGUUGAGGUUACGUAUAUCUCUACAUUGAUUUACGUCUACGCUUCCUAUGGGGCCUGGGUGUACCCUAUAUUCGGCAAAUUACACGGUUCUUUAUGGUUCCCGCUGUUUUUUGUCGCAUCUGCAGGCAUUUUGGCAGUUGCAUACCAUCUACAGUGGUAUUUAUAUUCAAUUUUUUGGAGAACAGUACCUAAAUUGUCUGAGAAAGCACCGUGAUUGUGAUUCUUAGUAGUAUUACUAGAUGGCGUUGUUUAAUGUUAAGCGUUGUACUAUAACUUGUAUUUUAGUUUGAUAAAACUGUAAAUAGUUUUUACCUUG